UCGCAUUAACCUUCGACCUUUCAAUUACCUGGGAUAUCAAUUAAACUCAAGUCUUUCAUAUGAUCUGAUGUCUCUCUCUCCUCCUCCACAAUUAACGGGAAUUUGGGUUUCCUCCUCAUGACGAAAUUGGAUUGUUUCAAGUAUCCGAUAUACAUGAUGAGUAUCAGAUAUUUCUCAAACAAAUUGCUUCCAAUUGAAACGUUAAUUUCUUUCAAUUAAUUUAGUAAUUCUCAUAUUCUUUCUACAUGUGUGUUAAUUAGUUUUUAUUUUCUUUGAUAUCUCAACCAUAUAAUCUCAUCAGUGAAAAACUAUUGGUAAUAAUUAGCUAACUUUGAAACGAAAUGAUAUAAAUCUCGUUUUCAUCUUCCACAACGUUACAACAAAUUGUCACCAUUUAAGGGAUUUUUAUUUACAUUUAUCAUUAACCUUAAACACCCAGUUAAUUACGAAUUCAGAUUGUGUUAAUUUUACUUGAUUCCAAUUUAAUUUUCACUCUGUUUUCUUCAGUGUAAACUCUCAACUUGUUAACCACUUAACCAUAAUCUCCACCAGAAUGUCAACAUCAACCGAUGAAUUAGAUCGUUACAUGCUCUCUCUUGAAGGUUACCUACGGAAAGUUGACUCUCUGGACCAUAAUCCAAGACAAAAUCUUUGUAAAACUUUACUACCCAAUUUCGGUCACAUUGGUGUCCUAUUCUUGGCUAAUCAUACAUUUCCUCAAGCGCUACGAGGAUUACAGAUUGUGAUUAAGCUAAUCUACCAUGGGAAAGAGUUGAGUAAUUCUGGAAAAUCAGAUGAACCAAAUUGCCCGAUUUUGGAUGAAUUUAUCAAUCAAUUGGAAGACAAGAUAAUCACUGGAAAGAUUGCCGCUGAUAGAGAUUUAGAUUUACAAAGAUUAACCUUUUUAUUGCCCAAGUAUCGAGAAUCUUUAGUUUUAAUCUUAAUCAAGGAUUGUCUGGCCAAUUCCAAUUCAACGGAUUCAUGUAUAAUCAGAAAUCCAUUAACCGAAUAUUGUUGCUCACUUAAUUCACUUUUUUUCUCCAUCAUUUUAACAUUUUGUGAUAUUCUUAAAUUAACUGAUGGCCACUGGUUCAUUGGUAAAAUAAUUGGCUCUUUCAAGAGAAUUGUAAUCAGUCAAGUUUUCGGGAACACUAAUCAACUUUAUCCACAUCAUCUUCGCCCCUUUUUACCUCAUCUUGAGCUUUUGGAUCUACAAUUAACUCAACAAUUUGUCAUAUCAUCUUCAUCUCAGCCCCAUCGAGUUGCUGAAAAACUUUGUCAGAAACUUAAUUACUCAUUAUUACCUGGAAUUUGUCAAUGGAACGAAAUUGUUGCCCUGCUAAUUUUAUAUCCAAAUGCUGCUGAUUUCCUGGUCUCCCAUAAACCAGAAUGGAUUAAUAAACUUCAAUCUAUUCAAAGGUCUAACAAUUAGGAAAAUCAAAUCAUCGUAAACAUUUCUAAUAUUUUUAUUCACUAUGGAAAACAAAUUGUAAUGUUGAUAGAAAAAGAGAAAAUUUUUUUUUCGAAUUUCGCUCAA